GACAAGGAAGAAGAAAAGUCUACAAAGGAUGUCUCUGAAAAGGAAGACAAGGAUAAAAGCAAAGAAAAGGUUCCAAGGAAGAUGCUUUCCAGAGCCAGGUAUGGUGGCCAUUCACCUGUAAUCUCUGUACAUGAGAGGCUGAGACACAAGGAUUGGAAGUUUGAGGGCAGCCUGGGAUACAUUGACUCCAGCCAAGAAUAUACAGACUCCACUGGAAUAGAUCUACAUGAAUUUCUUGUAAAUACACUGAAAAAGAACCCAAGGGACAGAAUGAUGCUGCUAAAAUUAGAACAGGAGAUUCUGGAAUUUAUUAAUGACAACAAUAACCAGUUCAAGAAGUUCCCUCAGAUGACCUCAUAUCACCGGAUGCUAUUACACCGGGUAGCUGCCUAUUUUGGAAUGGACCACAAUGUUGAUCAAACUGGGAAAGCUGUUAUCAUCAACAAAACCAGCAACACAAGAAUCCCUGAACAGAGGUUCUCAGAACAUAUAAAGGAUGAGAAGAAUACAGAGUUUCAACAGAGAUUCAUUCUCAAGAGGGAUGAUGCCAGUAUGGACCGAGAUGAUAACCAGAUCAGAGUUCCAUUGCAGGAUGGAAGGAGGAGCAAGUCAAUAGAAGAGAGAGAGGAGGAAUAUCAAAGGGUCCGAGAGAGAAUAUUUGCCCGAGAGACUGGCCAGAACGGAUAUCUAAAUGACAUCAGACUCUCCAAAGAAGCCUUUUCUUCUAGCUCUCACAAGAGAAGGCAGAUUUUUAGGGGGAACCGUGAAGGGCUGAGCCGUACCUCAAGCAGCCGUCAGAGUAGCACAGACAGCGAACUGAAAUCCCUGGAACCACGGCCUUGGAGCAGCACAGACUCAGAUGGCUCUGUCCGAAGCAUGCGACCCCCUGUCACCAAAGCCAGCAGCUUCAGUGGAAUUUCUAUCCUAACCCGAGGUGACAGCAUUGGCAGCAGUAAAGGUGGCAGUGCAGGAAGGAUCUCCAGGCCAGGUAUGGCACUAGGUGCCCCAGAAGUGUGUAACCAGGUCACCUCACCCCAGUCUGUUCGGGGCCUUCUCCCUUGUACUGCCCAGCAGCAGCAGCAGCAACAACAACUUCCUGUUCUCCCUCCCACUCCUCAGCAACAACCACCCUUGAAUAAUCACAUGAUCUCACAGGCAGAUGACCUCAGCAACCCAUUUGGACAAAUGAGUCUUAGCCGCCAAGGUUCUACUGAAGCAGCUGACCCAUCCUCAGCUCUGUUCCAGCCCCCACUUAUCUCCCAGCACCCUCAGCAGACUAGCUUCAUCAUGGCUUCAACGGGACAGCCGCUCUCCACUUCCAACUAUUCCACCUCUAGCCAUGCACCACCUACUCAGCAAGUCCUGCCACCCCAGGGCUACAUGCAGCCCCCUCAGCAGAUCCAAGUUUCUUACUUUCCCCCUGGACAGUAUCCUAACUCAAACCAGCAAUAUCGACCUCUAUCUCACCCGGUGGCCUACAGCCCCCAGCGUGGUCAGCAGCUGCCUCAACCAUCCCAGCAGCCUGGUUUACAGGCCAUGAUGCCUAACCAGCAACAAGCGGCUUACCCAGGCAUGAUUGGGGUCCAGCAGCCCCAGAACCAGGGCCUGCUCAGCAACCAGAGGAGCAGCAUGGGAGGCCAGAUGCAAGGCCUGGUUGUUCAGUACACUCCACUGCCUUCUUAUCAAGUCCCGGUAGGCAAUGACUCGCAAAAUGUGGUUCAGCCGCCUUUUCAGCAACCCAUGCUGGUCCCUGCAAGCCAGUCUGUACAAGGAAGCCUCCCUGGGGGAGGUGUACCAGUAUACUACAGCAUGAUCCCACCAGCUCAGCAGAAUGGUACGAGCCCUUCUGUGGGAUUUCUGCAACCUCCUGGCUCUGAGCAGUACCAGAUGCCUCAGUCUCCCUCUCCCUGCAGUCCACCACAGAUGCCACAGCAGUACUCAGGAGUAUCACCUUCUGGACCAGGUGUGGUGGUCAUGCAGCUUAAUGUUCCUAAUGGACCCCAGCCUCCUCAGAACCCAUCCAUGGUUCAGUGGAAUCACUGCAAAUAUUACAGUGUAGACCAGCGGGGACAGAAGCCUGGAGACCUAUACAAUCCUGACAGUAACCCCCAGGCCAACACACAAAUGAGCAGUAGCCCUGUCACAUCUCCUACCCAGUCUCCAGCACCCUCUCCUGUUACCAACCUCAGCAGUGUCUGCACUGGACUCAGUCCUCUGCCUGUCCUCACACAGUUCCCCCGGCCUGGGGGCCCUGCACAAGGUGAUGGGCGUUACUCUCUUUUGGGCCAGCCAUUACAGUACAAUCUCUCCAUUUGCCCUCCCUUGCUCCACAGCCAGUCAACUUACACGGUGCAUCAGGGACAGAGUGGAUUGAAGCAUGGAAACCGGGGCAAGAGACAAGCACUCAAAUCAGCCUCCACUGACUUAGGGACAGCAGAUGUUGUCCUGGGGCGGGUGCUGGAGGUGACAGAUCUCCCUGAGGGUAUCACCCGUACUGAGGCGGACAAACUCUUCACUCAGCUUGCCAUGUCUGGCGCCAAGAUCCAGUGGCUCAAGGACGCUCAGGGGCUGCCUGGUGGAGGUGGGGGGGAUAAUGGUGGGACUGCUGAAAACGGCCGCCACUCUGACCUCGCUGCCUUGUACACCAUCGUGGCUGUGUUUCCCAGCCCCCUGGCUGCCCAGAAUGCCUCUCUUCGCCUCAACAACUCUGUGAGUCGCUUCAAACUACGAGUGGCCAAAAAGAACUAUGACCUGAGGAUCCUGGAGCGAGCCAGCUCCCAAUAAGUGGAGGAGGGAAAGGGACUUACAUAGUAGGGGACAGGGCAAGGUGGAGGGGGCCAAGGCUAGAUUUACCUAGCCAGAGGCAAGAAGUAAGGAGACAGACGCCAGACUAGAGCCUAAGAUGUUAGGGAUGAAGCAAGAAACAGACUCACACAGGCACUGGACUCCAACCGACUUCCUACCAUGGCACCCCCUCUUUCUCCCUGGUUGCCCCUCCCCCAUUUCCCUCUCCUUCCCAUUCUCUUCUAUCAUUUUUUAUAUCUUCCACCCUGAAAUUCGUUUCUUUCAAAUUUUUGGCAAGGUAGAGUUGGGGAGGGUCUCACACUCUCCUCCUCACCUAUUUCCUCACCAUCCCAAGCUCCUGUUUCCUUUUUUGGUCUUUACGAAUAUAUUUAUAUGGACAGAAUUAAGAAAAACAAAAUUGAUUUCCCCAUUCUCUCACUUCCCCCAUCUUAUCUCCCCAAACCCCACAGAGUUAAAACUUGGAACCACCCCACCCCACCCCACCCCACCCCCAGAACACUUGUAUAUUGUUUGUUUGAGGUUUGUGCCGCAGUAACAGACACAGUAUUUAAUUGCACAUACAGAUGUUUGCUGGGUAUAUUCACUGUAAAUUUUAUUUAAUCUGGUUUUUUGUUUGUUUGGGGGGUUACUUGUGGGGGGAGGUUGAAUUUGUUUUUAAA